AUGGGAUCUCAGAUGAAGAACACCGACUACCAGGCCAUUGCGGCCGAGAAGAAAGCGCAGCAGUGCGACAAGAUCCCGCAGGACUGGCGAAUCCCCGCGGACAAGUUCUAUCACAGUGCUGCUGCUAGCGUUAUGGACGUACCGCUCGCCUGCGGGCUGCUGAGCGAGACUGAAGCCCGAAUCACUUCAGACUACGACGCCACCGCGCUCCUGGGAGAGCUCAAGGCUGGAGUCUGGUCGGCCGAGCAAGUGGUGGUGGCCUUUUGCAAACGGGCUGCCAUUGCCCAGCAGCUGACGAACUGCCUGACGGAGAUAUUCUUCGACGAAGCUAUUGCGCGAGCUAAGAAGCUCGACCAGGAAUACGGUGCCAAGUUGUCGCUGUCUCGCGGAGGAAAGCCGCUGCCGCCGCUGUUUGGCUUGCCCAUCUCGCUCAAGGACUGCUUCCAGGUGCGCGGACACGACACGUCGACCGGGGUGUGCUGCUUCGUGGGCGAGCCGGCGGCGGAGCACAGCGCGCUGGCGGCGCUGUUGGUCGACCUAGGCGCGGUGCUGUACUGCAAGACCAACGUGCCGCAGUCGAUGAUGACGGGCGACAGCGACAACAACGUGUUCGGGCGGACGCUGAACCCGCGCAACAGGCUGCUCACGGCGGGCGGGAGCACGGGCGGCGAGGGUGCGCUGCUCGCGCUGCGCGGCAGCAUCCUCGGCGUGGGCACCGACAUCGCCGGCAGCAUCCGCAUUCCGGCGCUCUGCAAUGGCAUCUACGGGUUCCGACCCAGCGUGGGCCUAGUGCCGCACAGCGGCGUGCGCGACCUCGGCCCGUCGGGGACCGACGGCGUGCAUUCGUCGGCCGGGCCCAUGGCGACGUCGCUGCGGGACUGCGGGCUCUUUCUCAAGGCCGUGAUGGGGGCGGACGCCUGGCGGUACGACAGCGCGGCCGUCGCGGUUCCGUGGGUGGACAACGUCCAGCAGCAGCAGCAGCGGCAGCCCGGCGGGCGCAAGCUCCGCAUCGGCGUGGCGCUGACCGACGGCGUCUUCACUCCGUCGCCGCCGGUGAGACGUGGCCUGAAGCAGGCGGUCGAUCUCCUUCGCGGCGACAGUAGCGUCGAGGUCAUCCCCAUCAACCUCCCCGACGUCGAGCUGAUCAGCCAGGAUCUCAUCAGUUAUGUGACGCUGUCGGGAAGCGAUCACUACUACGAACAGUUCGCGCGAACAGGCGAGCCGCCCAUCCCGUCGCUCCAAGCCGGCGGCCUCUUGUCGGUGCCGGGAACGACGCUGCAGGUCUACUUCGAGCUAAACGCGCGGCGGGCAGCAGCGGCAAAGAAGUACCUCGCACUCUUCCGCGACAACGAUCUAGACGCGAUCCUCAUGCCGCCCGCAGCGCACACGGCACUCCCGCUAGACCUGUGGACCAAAGCCACGUACACGGGCCUGUGGAACUACCUCGACUACCCGGCCGUCGUCAUGCCCGUGGACCGAGUGCGGCCAGACGUGGACGUGGCCGACGACGUGAGCAACGCCAAGUUCGGCCCGGACGACGAGCAGCUGUACAGUCUUUACACCGGCCCGGAACAGUACGAGGACGCGCCGGUCAGUGUCCAGCUUGUUGGCUACAGACACAGGGAUGAGGCCUUGGUGAAGGUGGCGGCCGCUCUGGACUCGAUUAUCAACAAAAAGGGAAUCUAG